UCUGGCAACACACCGAGAUCUGUAAGUCUCGCGAGAACGUCUCGGUGGCGCGAAUAAACAAGAGCGUCGGUGAAGAUACUGUCGAGCAGGUAGUUGCUGGUUGUUUUUCCCACAGCAUUUAACCAUAUUUGUUAAUUUAAGUGUUGUUUGAACCUACAACAACACAUAAAAAAAACAUUCAUUUUGGCCACCACAAUUUAAAAAACGAAAUUAUGUCGGAGUCUUUGUCGGAAGACUGCGUCAACCAGGAGGACAGCCAGGAGGAGGAGGACGUCAUGACUCCGGCAGAGCUCAUUUCCAAACUGGAAGAAGCUUGGCUGAAUGAGAAGUUCUCACCCGAGCUGCAGGAGAACAAGUCGGAGGUGGUGGAGUGUGUGAUGGAGCAGCUGACCCAUAUGGAAUCCAACUUGCAGCGAGUAAAAACAGGCGAUGCCAAGGCCAGUGUUCAUCGCAUGGAAAUCGACAGGAUUCGUUAUGUUCUCAGCAGCUACCUGCGCUCUCGUCUGCUGAAGAUUGAAAAGUUUUUCCCUCAUGUCCUGGAAAAGGAAAGGUCUCGGGCUGAAGGACAGCCGCCCCUGCUUUCUCCUGAGGAGUUUGCGUUUGCCAAAGAGUACUAUGCCAGCACAGAAACCUACCUAAAGGCUGUAGCGCUGAAACGCAUGCCGUCCAACUUACAGACUGUGGAUAUGCUCAAAGCAGUGCCUGAGCCCUGUUUGGACUCCUUCGUUUUUCUGCGAGUGAAGGAGAGACAAGAAAACAUUUUUGUUGAGCCUGAAACGGACGAUCAAAGGGAGUACGUUGUGGAUCUUGAAGAGGGCUCCCAGCACUUGAUGCGAUAUCGCACCAUAGCUCCGCUCGUUUCAAGCGGAGCCGUGCAGUUAAUUUGAACUUCCAGGAGAUCAUAAAAAGCCUAACUUC